CAAGUGCAUGCCUCAUUUCAUUACAAACACUGUAUGCAAGUAAUGAAAUUUAAGAUAAUCAUCACGGCAAUAUAUGAAAUACUGCGUGUCGGCCAUGAGCUCGAGAUGAGCAAUCGAGUGUAACGAAUGCAAACGGCUGUGCUGAAGUGGAAGACAAACUAAAAUGGCGUUUUCCUAUUUACGAGUUGUAAUUAACUUUAGACGUUGAACUUGAGACACAGACCAAUUUAAUAUCAUGGCAUACAAAUAAUGGAUUUCAUAAUUGGUUGUUUUUACAUCCACGUCAAAGAACCAUAGAAAUAAUACAAUCAGCCUAGAGUACUGCUCUUUUCUGAAUCCCAGGAAGACAUGGAAUUCUACUGUUUAAACUGUAAACAUAAUAUGUGCCUACAGUGUAAAGAGAAACAUGCUAUCGAUGUCCAAACUGCAAAGCAUUAUGUUUGGAGUAACGAAGAGAAAAAUGAAUAUAUGUUCACAGAACAAGUGAAGAAGAGACAGCCUGAUAGAAGUGUUAACAUACCUGUUUGUUCCCAAUGUAAAUAUAAAUUAAAUUUCCAUAACAUAGACAUUACACAUCUAAUGGGUAUAGAACCCGAAAUCAGAAUCAUGUGGAGUGACUAUCAGGACGAAGGACCCCGGUGUUACCAGUGUAGAUGGAGAGAAGAGUUUACCUGUUCCGUGUGUAGAACUGGUCUUUGUUUAGAAUGUAAAGAUAUACAAACAAUUGAUAUAGAUACCAUUGAUUAUAAUAUUGUAAUUUACCGAGAGAAAUGUGAAUUCAUAUUAAAAGAGAUCUUUGAAAGGCAUCCAAGCAAGAUGUACAAUAUAUUUUGUAACUCAUGUAAACUUCCUGUUUGUUUCAAUUGUAAAAAGCACAUAGAAAACAAAAUAGAAGAGAGGGAAACAUCACUGGAAACACAACACUAUGUCAUGAACACGCCUACCCUAGAAUUGAGCACUCAGUCUAAAGUUCGUCAGUGUUUUAAAUGCCGUGGUGACGCAGAGUUUUAUUGUUUUAUGUGUAGAAAUGAUCUUUGUGAACAAUGUAAAGAAAUACAUACUAUUGAUCUAGAUACCAUAGAUCAUCAUAUUGUAAUUUACCGGGAGAAAUUUAAAAUCUCAAAACAAGAGUUUUGUGAAAGGCAUCCAGACAACAUGUAUGAUACGUUUUGUCAGACAUGUAAACUUCCCAUCUGUGUACAAUGUAGAGAUCCUGAACACAAAAAACAUGAAUUGAUAGAUCUGGGAAAUGCAUAUCAAACAAACCGCCAACAACACAAAGAAAUAUUUCAUAACAUCAGAUGGAAGACUCAAUGUAAUUAUAGCUGUUUUCUACUGGAAGAAAUCAAAUCUGAUUUAAAAACUCGUCAAUCAGAAAUACCUAACCUUUAUUUAAAAAUGAAAACAAAGGCUCAAACAUUGAAGGACUUCAUUGACAGUGGAAUAUUUGCUAUAAAGGUCAGAUACAGUAAAUUGCAACAACGAAAUAGAAAAGUGAUCCGAUACCUUACCAUCAUGGACAAAAAUGAGAAGAUAUUAGAACAGUCGGCAAAUAAACCAGUGCAAUUUCUAUCACUCCGAAAGAAAACAUGUGUCCGAGAGAUGUACGGCACCUCCCGUGCUACACAACAAUUUCUGCUCUUUGCAGCUGAGGAAAUUAACAGAAAGGAUAUAAUUGCAUUACUGACAGAUAUCAAAAUAAUAGCCACGGAUAAAAGACAAUUGAAAAAUGAAUGCUUACUGAAACAGGUGAUUUCACCAGUGCUACACAGAUCUGUCGAAAUAACAGGUUUAAGUGGUGUUAUACACAUUUCCACUGGGGCAUUAGAUUUGGUCUGUAUCAGCGACUGGGAAAAUAAUCUUCUCUUAACAAACAAGGAAGGUGAUACCGAUAUUUAUAAACUACCUCAUAUAAAUAUAAGUAAGUUAUGGGGAUUGCACACAUUCAACAGAGCCCGUGACCUUAUUUUUAUAGAUUCUUUUAACAACAUCAAUAAACUAACAAAAUAUGACAACUCAGUUACACAGGUAAUAAAGAAGAGAGAACCAUGGACACUGAGAUGUGUCUAUUGUUCUCCUUGCAAUGGAGAUCUGUUGGUUGGGAUGUGUAGAUACGAUACAAAUACAGCUAAAGUAAUUCGGUAUAACGAAACGGGAAAACUCAUUCAAACAAUUCAAUACUACAACAUGGGCCAGGUACUGUAUAAAAGUCCCGAGUACAUCACAGAGAACCGCAAUGGAGAUGUUGUUGUCUCUGAUUGGAACUGUGCUGUAGUGGUGACUGACCGCGAUGGAAGACAUCGCUUCUCAUACACAGGUCUUGCAUCAGGAUCACAACUAUUACCACGUGGAAUCUGCACAGACACACUAUCAAACAUCCUUGUGUGUGAUCGUAGAUUAAACGCAAUACAUGUUAUUGAUUGGAACAGGUACUUUCUAGCAUUUAUACGGACCAAACAAGAUGGUAUAGAAUCUCCCCAUGGUUUGGGGUAUCAGGCCAAUUCUCAUCUUCUCUGGGUUGGAUCGUACAAUAGCAACAGAGUGUGUGUAUACAGAUACCUAUGCAGACAGAAUUGAAGCAAACCGCAGGUGUUGAUGGAUUUUACACUAACCACUACUUUUGAGACAUGGUAAACAUUCGCUCUUUCUACCAGGGAGAGUGCGAGAAUAUUAUCACAGUUAAGAAAACUGCCUUUCGAAAACACAACC